UGGAGUCGUUUGAGUUUGACAUGUCCAAAAGUUUCUAUGUUCAACUGCUGUCUGAAGUGUGGAGAGAGGGAUGGCUGCGAGAACAGAUGGUAAACAGGAGGGAGUACGAGGUGGUGCGCCCGGUAAAACUGCAUCAUCGGUACGGCAGAGACACAAAGCUGUUCGGAACAGAGUCACAAGACGAAGUUAACUAUAGACUAAAAUUGAAUGGGAAGGACAUUGAGAUUCACUUGCAAAAGAACCGAUUGCUGAUAAGCAAAGACUAUACCGAGACACACUAUACCAAUACGGGAACAAGGGUGACAACGCCUUACACGCAGGAUCAGAAUCAGUGCUAUUAUCUUGGGAAGAUUGUUGGCGACAGUCAAUCAGCCACCAGCAUGAGUACCUGCCACGGCCUCAGUGGAUUCAUCAGGGUUGCAGGGCAGGAGUAUGUGAUUGAGCCGUUGGCGGGGACAGACACCGGGGACCACAUAGUGGUGAAGUACAGCAACCUGCGCCGGGUUCCGUUGAACUGCGGCGUCAACGAGAGUGUAGAGAAUGAGUUUCCGCUCCUUGCCGAAGGAGGGCGCGCCCAAACCACAUCUCCUCUGGAUAUACAGAAAUACAUUGAGGUGUUCAUAGUAGUGGAUCACAGUGAGUACCUUAUGAUGCAGCAAGACACUGACAAAAUCAGGAGGAGGAUGUUCGAGAUAUUGAAUUUUGUGAACAUGGUAUACAGACCUCUACAUACUGCAGUUGUCCUUGUAGGACUAGAGAUAUGGAAAGACAAAAAUCAGAUCCCUGUUGUGAAAAACAGUGGGGCGACUUUGAAUACUUUUACAGAUUGGAAUAACAACGUCCUCGAGAAAAUCAGGAAACAUGACAACGCUCAGCUGAUAACGGCAGUGCAGUUCGACAAAGGAAUUCUUGGCUCCGCCUAUAUUGGAACAAUGUGUGGAAAAUACUCCACUGGAGUAGUGCAGGAUCACAGCAGGGAUGUCAUCCUCACGGCGGCAACGUUCGCUCAUGAGCUGGGGCACAAUCUGAAUAUGCAACACGACAGCAGCCACUGCUCCUGCAAGGAUUGCAUCAUGACCAGCCAUCUCAGCGGUGGCUCGCAUCCGAGACAGUUCAGCAGCUGCAGUAAGGAGGCUUACACCUCCUUCCUGGAGAGGCCAGGCAUCAUGGCCUGCCUUAGUGUCAACCCGUUUCACAGAACCCUGAUCCCCGUGUGCGGGAAUAGCCUCCUGGAAGAGGGCGAACAGUGCGACUGUGGCUCUCCAGAGGGGUGCACCAAUCCAUGCUGUGAUGCUACGUCCUGCAAAUUCACUAAAGGAGCUCAGUGUGACAAAGGAGAGUGCUGCAAGGACUGCAGGUUCAUCCAGUUCACCAAGCAGUGCAGGGCCCAGGUGGAUGAGUGUGACCUCCCAGAGUACUGCACGGGCUCCUCCGCUCACUGUCCAGAUGACACCUUCCUGCAGGACGGCACCCCCUGCGCACAUGACACAGGGUACUGCUUCAAUGGCCAGUGCCCUACCAGGGCGGAGCAGUGCAAGGCAGUGGGUGGAAAUGAUACAAAGGAGGCUGAAGACCAUUGCUAUCAUUCUAACUCUUCACUCCAUCAUGGUCACUCUUCAAAGGAUGCAAUGUGUGAAAUGCUGCUGUGCACCAGUGGAAACAAAGAUCAGUCCAACGAUACAUGCACAGACAUCAUCUCACCUAGCAACAGAUCAGACCACAACCAGGUUCUAAAUGGCACCAAGUGUGGUGAAGGGCAGGUUUGCAUGAGUAAUAAGUGUGUGGAGCUGGGGAAUGUAUAUACCACGAAUAACUGCAAAGAGAAAUGCAUGUGGACACAUAAGGUGUGCAACAAUAAACAGGAGUGUCAGUGCGAAGCAGGCUGGAUCCCACCUCUUUGUGACAAGAAGUAUCAAGGGGGCUUGGGUUUAACUCAAAGUCAUCAUCCCUCAAGACUUUCAAAAGGCGGAAUCAUUGCUAUUGUGGUUGUCAUAGCGGCAGCUGUCUUGGCUCUAGUAUUGGUCCACGCUGUGUGCUUCUGCAGAAAGAGAGACACACCUAUCAGCCAGCACAGCCACUCUUCAGAUAACCCAACCCAACCCAAGCCAGGGAUUGGAUAACUCUGCCUUCAACCAGUAGCAAAAAAAUGUGUAUGCAAACGUGUACGCAACCAAUGUGCCCAUGCAGGUACUACCAACAUAUCCCUACCCUACUGUUUGAGCUGCAGAGGAGUCUGGUGAGCAUCUAA